ACACCAAGUCCAUUUGGCUUGGUGCUGCCAUCCUCACAAACCUUGCUGGCACUGCCACAGCAGCAGGGCAGGGUGGCAGGAUGGGGAGGAUGCCUCUGGGGUCACUUGGCUGGCUGUGAUGCCUUUGGGUGAAGCUGUGGGGCAGCAGCUCCAGCUGGGAAUCAGGAGUGAUGCUGUCAGGGGGAGAGGGGUGAGAAGCAGAGCCAGGAUUUUCCUCAGCUCUGUUUAGCAGCUGAGGCAGGGGUUAACCAGCCCAGGUGUCCAGCAGGAACAACACAGAUUAACAUCACUUUCACAGUCCCGUGUUACAGGAACCCUCACUGAAAUUAACCCAAACCUUGGGAGGCUUUUGUAGCAGCCAGGCGGAGCUGCUGGAGCCACACGUGGUCACCCUGGGCCAUCCCAGGGGCUCUUCCCGGGCGGUUCUGCAGCCUCCGCCUCAGUUUUCCCCUUGGAGCUUCUGAUCCGUGAUUUGCCAUGUGAAUUUUGUCAAGCCCUUUUAUCUAAACUGAUCACAGAGAUGGAAUAUUGGAAUAUAGGUAUAAAAAUCGUUUCUUAGUAGCUGAUCUGUGUGCAGUUUGGGAGGGCUGGGGGUCCUGGGAAGCUUGUGGAUUCUGUGGUGCUGGGGGGUUCGGAUAGGGCUGGGGGUCCUGGAGAUGCUGGGGGUCCUGGGAAGGCUGAGGAUCCUGGAAAGGCUGGGAAGGCUGGGGGCUCACGGAAGGCUGGGGGUCCUGGGAGGGCUGGGACCCUCUGGAGCACAGCUCCAGGCUGGGGAGCUCACGGCGGGGUGGGCUGUGGUGAACACGGGCUGGAGUCCCUGGGCAGGGAAGUCUGGCCGCUCCCAGCCUGCAGGAGGGGGGAAACUGAGGCAGGAGAUGCAAUUGCCGCCCCGUGCAUCCCCUUGCUGCCCCGGCCGGAGGACCCAGCAGGGGCUCGGCGGCCGCGGGGCCCCGGGCCCGUCACGGCUCCUUUGUGCCACGGGCACGGCACCAGCGCCGCUGCUGACUCAGCGAUUCUGCCCGGGCACCGCCGUGGAGCCCCGUGACCAUCGCGGGGACCUGCCAGGGCAGCGGGUGGCGACAGCUCUGCGGAAAGCCGGCGGCAGCCGCGGUCCUGUGUGCGGCCGAGGGACAGACGGACACUGCGGCUGAGCAGGACCCGCUGCCAUGGGCUCCCGGCACUUCCCGGCCCGGACCGUGCUCUUUGAGAAGGAAUCCAACGGUGUCACCUACCGUGUGCCCGCCCUGCUCUACCUGCCCUGCGUGGCCAAGCUGCUGGCGUUCGCCGAGGAGCGCCUCAGCGCCGACGAUGCCCACGCCAACCUGCUGGUGCUGCGCCGCGGCACCAUCUACGGCAGCUACGUGGAGUGGGAAGACAUGCGUGUGCUGGAGACGGCAACGCUGCAGCACCACCGGUCGAUGAACCCCUGCCCACUCUACGAUGAGUUCACAGGCACCCUCUUCCUCUUCUUCAUCACCGUGCUGGGCAGGACGCCUGAAGCCUACCAGAUUGUCACCGGCCAAAACGUCACCCGCCUCUGCUGUGUCACCAGUGCUGACCAGGGCCUGAGCUGGAGCACAGCCACAGACCUGACACAGGAGGUCAUUGGUGCGACCAUCAAAGACUGGGCGACGUUCGCGCUGGGCCCCGGGCACGGGAUCCAGCUGCGCUCGGGCCGGCUGCUGGUGCCCGCCUACAGCUACCACAUCGACUGCAAGGAGUGCUUCGGGCAGCUCUGCAAGACCACCCCGCACUCCUUCGCCUUCUACAGCGACGACCACGGCCGCGGCUGGCGCUUCGGGGAGUUCAUCCCCAACCUGCAGACGGGCGAGUGCCAGCUGGUGUCCGUGGACGAGGAGGACGGAUCCAACGUGCUCUACUGCAACGCCCGCAGCCCCUUGGGCUUCAGGGUCCAGGCGCUCAGCACGGAUGACGGGGCCGUGUUCCACGGGGGGCAGCUGGUGCAGCGGCUGGUGGAGCCCCCCCACGGCUGCCACGGCAGCGUCAUUGGCUUCCCCGCGCCACUCGUGUACGUCCCCAGCGCCUCCCGGGGCACCAGGACACCCCUCCAGGGCUCAGCCCGCCCGCUGCUCCCCGGGGCGCUCCGGGGGCUCAGGCACCUGCCCGCCCGGCAGGCAGGAGGUGCUGGGCUGCUCACUGGCAGCCACCAUCAGCCAGACGAGCCCAGUGAGCAUCACAAUGAUGCCCACAGUGUCACCUUGCUCCAGGGGCACUCUGCAGCAUCCCCCAGCCCCACUCCUUUCUUCCAGCCACCAACAUGGAUCCUCUACUCGCACCCCACCAGCUCCAUGUCGCGGGUCAACAUGGGGGUUCACCUGAGCACCUUCCCCAGGGACGCAGAGAGCUGGACGGAGCCCUGGGUCAUCUACGAGGGCCCGAGCGCCUACUCGGACCUGGCGUACCUGGAGCUGUCCCCCGGGGAGGCGCCGGUGGCCGGGGGCACGGCCAUCGCCUUCGGCUGCCUCUACGAGAACGGCACACGCUCCCCCUACGAGCAGAUCUCCUUCAGCAUGUUCACGCUGCACGACGUGCUGCAGAACAUCCCCCUGACGGCCACUGCUCCCUGCCACCGGGCCAAGAGGAGGAGAAGGAGCUGCCUCGUGUCCUGAGCCCACCCUGGUCAGCUCCCCACCCACCCCAGUGCUGCAUCCCAGAGCAUCAACCCCUCCAGCAUGGCCACAUCACACACAGGCGUGUCACUGUCCCCACACUGGGGUUUCUCUCCUUUUUAUUGCUAUUUUUAAACUCUGUUUUGGUUGGGAGCCUCAGGCUCCUCUCCAGGCAAGCAAACAGAUGUUGGGGGGCAGCAGCAGCAGUGCAGGGGGAGGCAGCCAGGGGUAUCCUGUGCCAUCCCUGUGCUGGCUCAGGGGAAUAUGGUGCUCCCCUUGUUAUAAAUUGUUGUGCUAUAUAAAUAUGUCAAAUGUCAAAUAAUUUCUUUUUCAUGAAAAGAUUUUUUUUCUCAAUGUCUCUGAAGUCACUGAUGGGGUUUGGGCUGGGGUACAGUUCCACUCCUUCUUAGUAGCUGGGAUGGAUCUGGGGUUUAUAUUUGAUCUAAUGAAAAAUAUUUGUGUUGCAUAACUUGUAUGUUUGGGCUUUUAGUUCUCUCUCUUCAUUAUUUUCCUUUUUAUUACAAUUUAUAAUUAUUAUUUCAAUUAUUAAAGUGUUUUUAUGUCAA